AGUUGACAUUCGUAAACUGGUCAUCUCUUAUCCCAGGAACAGGGCACACAUACAGAGAUUCGAGCGGGAGCGCAACUUCUCAGACGAAGCUGUCUUGUUUGUAUUUUAGAGAAGAUUAAUAUAUUUACGUAUCGAUUUCUUGUUUUAUGGUAGAAUGACUUGCUGAGGACGUUUCGCUACAAGAUGAUUUCAUUAUGAUUUUGCGUGCAUGUGUUGGGGCGAAGUGAUGUUACAAUAUAUUUCUUCAUGCGAAAUUGUCAUGGGUUCUGGAGAGCUGUUGUCAAAGUUCGGCGGGGCGAUUUUAACCGCUUGAAAAAAUCCAACUGAGCUCGUAGUAAGCACUAAUUGUUUACCUCUUUGAUACAUUUGGAUACUGAAUGUGACAGAGGGUUGAACAUCAGUUUGGCCAUAGACCAACCUGUCACCACGCAAAAAUGACAAACUACAAGAAUAUGGAGAAACAUAGCACCCAUGUCCUGCUAUUGACGGUAUCAAUCAUCUGUACCGCAUCAGGGUCCCGGGCACGUUUUGAGGACAGCCCACCUUGGAUCGUGGAGGACCCCUCUGACCUGAUCGUGUCCAAGGGGGAGCCCGCCACCCUUAACUGCAAGGCAGAGGGGAGGCCUAACCCCACUGUGGAGUGGUACAAGGACGGUGAGCGGGUGGAAACGGACCGGGAUGACCCUCGGUCUCACCGCAUGCUCCUUCCCAGCGGCUCCCUCUUCUUCCUGCGUAUCGUCCACGGACGACGCUCUAAACCAGACGAGGGCGUCUACACCUGUGUGGCACGUAACUACCUAGGAGAGGCUGUCAGUCACAACGCUUCGCUGGAAGUAGCCAUCCUGAGGGAUGACUUCCGCCAGGCCCCCAGUGAUGUGGUGGUGGCAGCCGGUGAGCCAGCGGUCCUGGAGUGUGUUCCCCCCCGCGGUCACCCUGAGCCCACCGUCUCCUGGAAGAGGAACAACGCCCGCGUCAGCAACAAGGAUGACCGCAUCUCUAUGCUUGGGGGCAAGCUGAUGAUCUCCCACACCAGGAAGAGUGAUGCUGGCAUGUAUGUGUGUGUGGGCACCAAUGUGGUGGGAGAGAGGGACAGUGAUCCUGCUGAGUUGGUGGUGUAUGGUGAGUCUCGUGUGUGUGUGUGUGUGUGUGCACGUGUCUUCGUGUGUAACUCUGGGUCUCUCUUUGCAGAGCGUCCUGUGCUGAUGCGGAGGCCGGUGAACCAGGUGGUGAUGGAGGAAGAGACCAUUGACUUCCUGUGUGAGGUACAUGGAGACCCCGCUCCCACGGUACGCUGGCGCCGAGAGCAGGCAGAUCUCCCCCGCGGGAGGUUUGAGAUCCUCAGUGACAACAGCCUGCGUCUGACCGGGGUGAGAGAGGAGGACGAGGGAACUUAUACCUGUAUGUCUGAGAACAGUGUGGGCAAGACCGAGGCAUCAGCCAUGCUACAGGUCCAUGUGCCCCCACAGAUCGCCAUUAACCCCCGGGACCAGAUCUCGGCUCAGGGGCGCAGUGUCACCUUCCGCUGUGGCACCAGAGGAAACCCCUCACCUGCCAUCUUCUGGAAGAAAGAAGGAAGCCAGAUGCUGCUGUUUCCUGGCCAGCACUUCUCCCAGUCCGGCCGCUACUCUGUGUCCAUGAGUGGAGAGCUGUCCAUCACCGACGUGCACCCAGAGGAUUCUGGGUAUUAUAUCUGCCAGGCCAUCAGUUUAGCAGGAAGUGUCCUGACCAAAGCCCUGCUGGAGGUGGAAGGGGGUCCUUCACACCGUGUUCCACCAAUAAUCCGCCAAGGCCCAGCCAAUCAGACGUUGGCUCUAGGGUCCGUUGCCCAGUUUCACUGUCAUGCGAUUGGUGGACCCUCACUAAGGAUCGGGUGGGAAAAGGACGGGAAGAAGAUUGUGGAGGACGACCCCCGCAUGAACCUGAUGGAGAACGGGACACUGCAGAUCACUAAUGUUGAGGAUACGGAUUCGGGAAUGUACACGUGUGUGGUGUCCAGCGCCACGGGCGAGUCAAGCUGGAGUGGGACACUCACCAUGAGAGAGGAUGGAGCCCCUGGGUCAUCAGUUCCCCGGGUGUCAGAGUCCAUCCAGCUGCCAGGGCCGCCCCAGAAGCCUGUGGUGACGGAGGUGACCAGGGGCACAGUCACCCUCACCUGGCAGCCCAACCCCCACGAGGGUGGGGCCGCUGUGACCUCCUACAUCAUCGAGGCCUUUAGCCAAUCUGUUGGCAGUGUGUGGCAGAUGGUAGCUGACCGCGUGAAACAGGAGAAGCACACGGUCAUUGGCCUGUACCCAAACACUGUCUACCUGUUCAUCGUCCGAGCGGUCAACUCCUACGGUCUGAGUGACCCCAGCCCCAUCUCUGAACCCAUCAGGACACAGGAUGGGAGUCCUACAGAGCAGGGGGUGGACCACAGACAGGUGCAGAGAGAACUAGGGGAGGUGUCUGUCUACCUACAGAAGCCUGUGGUCCUAUCACCCACCAGUGCCCAGGUCUCCUGGACUGUGGCGCGUCAGUCUCAGUAUGUGCAGGGCUACAGGCUGCUGUACCGCUCCACUGGCAGCGUCUGGUUGGUCCAGGAUGUGAAGGCGGGGCCUGAGCUUAGCACUGUCCUAUCAGACCUGCGCACGGACACAGAGUAUGAGGUGAAGGUCCUUCCCUACUUCAACGAGCUGCAGGGACUGGACAGCCCCCUGGUGCUGCUACGCACCCCUGAGGAAGUGUUGAGUGCUCCCCCGCAGGCUGUGUCAGUGGUCCAGCUCAGCAACAGCUCCAGCAUCCGUGUUUCCUGGGAGCCUCCCUCUGACGUUCAGAGUGGUACAGUCCUGGAGUACAAGGUCUGGUGCCUGGGAAGUGACUCUGAGAUGAAGACAGAGAGCCAUAUCAACAGGACAGUGGAUGGAGCAGUAUUGUCCAUCCUACUGACUGGGCUGCUACCAGACCUCCAGUACAAUGUGAUGGUGGCUGCAGUCACCAUCUUGGGAGUUGGUGAACACAGCCCACCUAUAGACCUGGUCCUCACCCUGUCACUGGACAUGCCUUCAGACCGUCUGCAGAAAGACAGCAGCCUCAGUCUAUCAGAGCAGAUCACGGGAGUGGUCAGCCAACCAGCGUUCAUCGCUGGGUUGGGUGUGGCUCCGUGGCUGGCGCUCAUGGGCUUCAGUGGUUGGCUGUACUGUCGCCACCGCAGGAGGAAGGAGCUGGGACACUACACCACAUCAUUCGCCUACACACCUGCAGUUGGAUUCGCUCACAGUGAAGGAUCUGGUCUCAGCAAUGGAAGUAGACCAGGGAUGCUGGGCUCCAACAUGGGGAACGUUGCCCAGAAUGGAAAAGACUCAGUCAACUGUUGCUCUGGCAAACUGGACUCUACAGACAGAUACUACAAUGUUGCCAUCUCCAAUUACCUGAGCCAGUCUGAGAAAUACAGCUCAGUGUCCACUGACAGUCCCAUCUACAGCACCAUCAAUACAGCUGCUGCUGAGGACUUGCAGGGUUUAGCCUACUACAACACAUACUCCAACACCCCCUGCACCCGGGGCUCCAACACCCCCUGCACCCGGGGCUCCAACACCCCCUGCACCCGGGGCUCCAACACCCCCUGCACCCGGGGCUCCAACACCCCCUGCACCCAGGGCCCUGACUCCUAUGCCAGUACCCCCGUCCUCUCCAACUCGGGCCUCUUCGGUCUGGUGCAAGACCUGGACCAGUGGACCAUCCAGUCUGGACAGUCUGUAGAGUACGCCAAGAUGCAGUACGCCAGGACAAGCAAUGCCAAGCUGGUGAAGCAGAGGUCAGUGUGUCCUCCAUUUAAGCCUACACCACUCAACUGGGAGGACGUUCUGUCUCUACCACUGCCUGCUAAUAAAGGAUGUGGUUACACCAACAGAGAUCAGGAUGAUGGGAGGAACAGUAACUCUGAUGAGGACAGGUGUCCCCCGCUGCCAGCAAGGACUCACCUGAUGGAUGGCUCCAGGCAGGUUUUACCCAGCCUGCCCUCCUUCAGUAGAGAGAAGCUGGCCCAGGACACCACCUCCAGCCUACAGUCCACAGCCACGCUUCCCCCCUCCCCCCAAGAGGAGACACCCCCCCCCAACCCCAACGACAGCCCCCGGCUGCAGCACUUUGACCUGCGGGGCCACUACGAGCCCGGUUCCCAGGUCUCCCAUUCCAACCCCAACCUGUUUGCCAAUAUAGACGUCAGCGGGCCAUACCACACCAGCCAAUGGGGAGACCCCUUCACAGGGGAGAGCUUUACUUCAGAGAGGAGUGGCAGAGGAGGACAAUCUCCUCCUUUCCCGGCUGACUCCUCAUACGCUACGCAGGGACACAGAACCAGAAGCAAGAAGAAAGCCCUCAGGGAGGGCCAGCACCGACGAGAGCUGCAUGACCAAGCAGUCUGUGCAGACCUGCCCCCUCCGCCGGCCCCACCCCCCGCAGCAGAUGACCCCAUGCAGCUCCUGGUUGAUGUGCUGGGCUGUAGCCGGACGCCGUCGGCGGAGAACUCGCCGGCCCUACAGAGGAGAGGAGACUACUCCUCACCCCAGAAGAGAGGGCCUGCCAUGAGGGGCUCACAAGAUGAGGGGGUAAUCCCGUACUGCCCAUCCAGCUUUCUGCCCCGGGGUCAGAUGUCCUGCUACGGUUCCCUUGGUGGAGGGGCCUCCUCGCGGGCUUCAACUGGACAGAGAGGGCCUGGAGUUGCCCAGAGGAGGGACGAGUACCUCAUAUAGCUGGAAGCAGAUUAUGUGAUGUGAAGUUCUCCGCCAUGUUUUUUUUUAAAGCUUGUUUUGCUGCUUCCAUCUUUGCUGAACUCCAGCCUGUUGCCAUGGUAUCAAAGAGGAGCUGAAGACAAAAGUGAAAGCAUGUAGGCUUGCCACCUGCCUUUUCGAUAUUGGUUCAUAUUUGUGUUUUUUAUCGUUUGAUAAUUUGUAUGUGAUUUUAUGUCCUGCCUCGAUGUAUAUAGACAUCUUAGCAACUUUUUUAAACAGGAUCUUGGAUAAAGAUAAUAUAUUGUAUUUUGAAAAAAAGGAAAGAAAGUCUUAAUUACUGUAGAUAUUAUACAACAGAUGUUUGAAUGUACUUUGUUGUUUACCCUGAAACCCUGGUGAUGUUUGUGUGAUGAAAGGAUAUGAGGCAGAAACUCUGUUAACAAGACCAUCUGAGAGUGUGUGUUUACAGUUUUUCUCUCUCGCUGUCAUUGUGGCGUAAACCUCCUGCUUCUUCUAAACAGACAUAUCGAUCUUAUCAACACCAGAUGAAAUAGCCUUGUCCUUUCAGUUUGUGAUGCUGAAAAUGUGUGAACCUAUACCCUUGUUGAACACCAAUUGUUAUGUUCUGUCAUCAGUUGAAUGAUUUGUUAAAAAAAUACCAAUAAAACAUUUGUUAC